AUGCAAAGCUGUAAGUAUUCAUGUGAGACCGCUUCCGAAACCCUCGCAUGGAUCAACGACAUCAUCCACUUCAUUACGCCUUUCUCCUUCUUAAUCAAUUCUCACGUCGUCAAUUUCUUCAAGGAUAGACUAUGGGAGAAUGUUAACGCGGAAUGGAUCGAUUGCUUGCGCGGUGAACCUGUUCAGAAUCUUCUCUUGAUACCUUCUGGAGUUGUACAGGAUCAGUGGCCAACUUCUCUGAAGGAGUUCAUCCUAAAAUUAAGGUCUAUGGUAUUUCGUCAAGAACAAGCAGAUUUAAACAUGGCAUUGCCUGGCCUACAGAUGACUUCACUUAACAGUGUUCUUGCCCAGGGCAUGAAUGUAAAGAAAAGACAUGAAGUAGAAGUUCUUUCUGCUGUUGUAAGUACAGUUGCAGGCGGUGUCAGAGCUCAUGCUAUUGUUGAUGUUGGUGCUGGUCAGGGUUAUCUUGCGCAAGUGCUUGCCUUUCAAUAUCAGCAUCCUGUCAUUGCAAUUGAUGCAUGCUCUCAUCAUGGGAUUGUUACUGAUGCACGGGCAGAACGAAUCAAAAAGCACUAUGCAUCACAGAUGGUAAAAUCUGGAUCAGGUAUGCGGACUUUGAAUGUGCCAAAGACAAUCACGUGCUGUGUGUUGUCGAUUGACACAUUGAAAACCUUGGUUGAAACAUCUUUGCCUGGAAAAGAUGUUGAGCAAUCCGGGUUGAAGGGAGGAAAUCAAGAAGAUCAAGGGAAACUAAAUUGGCCCAGUGAUGCAAACAAAAAACCUUCAACUGUUCUUGCUGGGCUUCAUGCCUGUGGUGACCUUUCAGUGACUAUGCUGAAGACUUUCUUAGAGUGCAAAGAUGUUAAAGCUAUUGUUAGUAUUGGUUGCUGUUACAAUUUACUAUCUGAAGAAAGCAUUGGGGAUGGUGGAUCUCUAUGUGGAUUUCCAAUGAGUCAUGCUGUAAGAUCCACUGGCUUAUCACUCGGAAAAAGUGCACGUGAUCUUGCUUGCCAGAGUGCAGAGAGAUGGAGGAGCCUGGAUAUGCAUGCUGGCGUUCACAACUUCGAGUUACAUGCAUUUCGUGCUGCUUUUCAAAUGGUUCUUUCUAAGUAUUAUCCGGAAGUUGUGAUGUGUGCUCCUUCAAUUGGGCGCAAAGGGAAGGCUCUGCGCAGGCGACAUCAAAGGAGAUCUGCAGAGUCCCAGCUGCAUCUUAAAGGAAAUACUUGUUACACGAGACAAAAUUUCACCCCUGUAGUGCCUGCAGAAUCAGAAACUGAAGGGAUUUCGGGCUCCACAUCAGAAAUACAGGCCUUACCUAGUGAAUCUAAUGGAAGUGCUGGAUGUGAAGGGACUAAAUUUGAUGACAAAUUUUCAAAUUUUGAGAAUUUCUGCCAGUCUGGACUGUCUCAUCUUGGAAUUAAAUGUUCACAUGAUAUAAACCUUCAAGGCAUAUGGAAGGAAGCAGAACCAUUUCUUGAUCUCAUAGGACCUUAUUGGUCUCUCAGAGCUGCUUUAGGGCCUCUUUUGGAAACUCUUAUUCUGCUUGAUAGAUUAUUGUUUCUUCAAGAGCGAGGUAGUGCGUUGGAAGCCUACUUGUUACCGAUAUUUGACCCAAACAUAUCCCCAAGAAAUGUGGCCAUAAUUGCGAAGAAGAUUGACAAAGAUUUAAGAUCCUCCUGUUACUAAAGGAUACAUCCCAGUUUAUUUGUGAUUGCAAAAUGCUUAUAAGACAUGACCAAGUGGCUUAGUCCAGUGUGCAUUCUGGGUUGAGUUGCUAUAUGCCACAAGGUAUAUUCCUUUUAGACGCAAUCCCUUAAUCUGAUUUGAUCAUUGAUAGUUCUAGUAGAUAAAUCCAUAGUUAGCUAUUAUAAUUAUAAAUAUAUCCUGUACAAGAGUAUUGAGAAUGCUACGGAAUUUUGGACCAGUUCAUCAAUUUAUGUUCAAUCAUUCUAUCUAGCAGUUGUCUCAUCGAUUUUAUAUCAGGAUGCUGCAAUAGCCAGUCAUAUUUUUUGUGUGUGUGAUUAUUAACCACACCAGUUCUUGCUUAUAUUUUUGUGUUUUUAGUACUGCAAACGAA